CGGAGCAUGACGUCAUUGUUAUCAGUUAUUGGUGGAAAAGUUGCCUGUUAGCCCAUGUAUUUCCUUCCAGCUGUUCGAUUAGAGGUUCGUGCUGUUCUUAGCCUUAAAGCAAAAUGGGUCAGAUGAGAUAUAAAAGUGUGAGAAGUUUAAGCAUUUCUGUGUAAGCAUAGUUGAUGAAAUCUGUCAUGAAUCAACUACCUGCGAAAGGUACUGGUACAAAGCUCUCCAGUAUUUAACUUCUAUUCCUAGAGGAUGGGAAGCGCAAGCUUCCCUGAGCACUGGAUGUCCUUCUAUAAUAAGAAUGACGGCUUAACUCAUGUUAUACGACAAAUAAGCUAUCAUCCUGACUAUUUGAAGGAGUUUCUUAGGACUGAAAGUUUUCUUCUGAAAGGAGAUGGCCCACUGCCUUUUCAUUAUAGACAUUAUAUAGCUAUAAUGGCUGCGGCUAGACACCAUUGCACAUGCCUUAUAAACCACCACAAACAAAAAUUUGCAGCUUUAGGAGGAAACUUACAGUGGCUUCAAGGACUACAAUAUUGCCCUAAGAAACUGAGGAAUUUGAAUGAAAUAAACCAAAUUCUUGCACACACGCCUUGGAAUCUACGAAAAUGCCAUAUUGAGAAGCUUAACAAAGGCUCUAAUAGCUGGUCAAUUGGAGAGCUUUGCCAAGCUGUGGUGAUUUUAGCACAUAUCCACUGCCUGUGUAGUUUCGUUUACGCAUCAGAAAUUUUAAGGCAAACGGAUGAUUGUACGGAUUGUGAAGAUUUAAAUGAAGAUGAUUCAAAUUCUGAGGAGGAAGCGCUUGGAACUGUUGAAGAACUUAUGGAAAAAAUGAGCAUAAUAGUACAAAAAAAGGAGAAAGAGUCUUCACAUGAAGAAAAGAGGGAUAUACCGUGUGCAGCAGAAUCAGCUAGUGAUUCCGAUAUGGAGAGAUUCAUAGAUGAUCAACAUUCAUCGCAUAAGGACUGCUCAAAUUUUAGUGAAAAUGAUGGAGUUUUUCACAUUCAGGACUGUACGUGGGAAGACCAUGCUUAUUCUCUUCUAAAUCGAUAUUACAAUGAAUUUGGAACCAUUCUUGAUGAGAAAUUUAAAGUUGCAUAUGAUCUCACAUAUUACACCAUGGGUCACAAGAAAAAUGUUGACACUACUAUAUUUCGGAGGGCUGUUUGGAACUACAUUCAUAAGAUAUAUGGAAUUAGUCAUGAUGAUUACAACUAUGAAGAAAUGGACGACUUGCUUGAGAAAGGUUUUAAAUCUUACAUCGAAACUGUAUGCUUCUAUCCGCACAAAAUUACUAAAGAUGCCCAUGAUGAGAUUAUGAGAGCGUUUAGGCAUUCAGAAAAGGUUCAUGUGAAUCUAAUGGUGUUUGAGGCUCGAAUGCAAGCGGAACUUCUUUACUCGCUUUCAGCAAUAGCUCAAUAUAUGACAUGAUAGUUCUUGGCAAUGAUUAUUGAGAAGUCUGAUGUGCCGGUAAUCAAUUGGACUAAAAAUAAUAACACUUUCCAUCAUUCGUGUCAUGUACAGUUUAAAAUUUUAGUUGAAGGUGUACAUAUAUAUUAAGUGAUGUAUAUAUGUUGCUAUGAGGUGAAGAAAAUCCUUUGAAAAAAUCAUUAACAUUUUCAAUAGUAGAACAUUUUAUUUUCCUUUAUAUAUAGAUAUAUAUAUAUUCAUGAACUCGAAUGUAUUCCCGAGCUGAUUUUGCUUACAUAUUUUGUGCCUAAAAUGUACAUGUUUUCAUUAUUAUUAUAAGUAAAUAAAAGUGUAUGUUUUUCAAAGAA